AUGGCGAUGCAACUGGAUUUGUCCCAGGCUCAGAUUAUGAAAGAUGAGACCGGGAGGCCUUUCAUAAUCGUCCGAGAUCAAGGAAAGAAGAAACGAACCCACGGUAUCGAAGCAAUCAAACAACACAUUGUCGCCGCAAAAACAAUCGCCAACAUCGUCAGAACCUCCCUUGGUCCUCGAGGACUCGAUAAAAUCCUGAUUUCACCCGAUGGCGACAUUCAAAUAUCCAACGACGGGCGCACAAUCAUGUCUGAAAUGGAAUUGACCAACCCGAUUGCCAAGCUGAUGGUGGAACUGUCAAAAUCUCAAGACGAGGAAAUUGGUGAUGGCACAACGGGCGUGGUGGUCCUGGCUGCCGCCCUCCUGGAUCAGGCCGCAGAUCUCAUCGACAAAGGCAUUCAUCCCAUUCGAAUUGCGGACGGCUUCGAUCAAGCAUGUGAAGUCGCCGUGGCACAUCUGGACAGGAUCAGUGACGAAAUCACCUUCACACGAGAGGAGCAAGAAAAUCUGAUCAAGGUCGCCAAAACUAGUCUGGGGAGUAAGAUUGUCAGCAAGGCACACGAUCAAUUUGCAAAGAUCGCCGUCGAUGCAGUCAUGUCGGUCGCCGAUCUGGAGCGGAAAGACGUUGAUUUCGAACUGAUCAAGGUCGACGGCAAGGCUGGAGGAUCGAUAGAGGAUUCCCUUCUCGUCAAAGGAGUCAUCGUGGACAAAGAUUUCUCUCACCCUCAAAUGCCGAGUGAGGUCAGGGAUGCCAAAUUGGCCAUUUUGACGUGUGCCUUUGAACCCCCGAAACCGAAAACCAAGCACAAGUUGGACAUCUCGACUGUGGAGGAAUUCAAAAAGCUACAACAAUACGAAAAGACCAAGUUUGUGGAGAUGAUUGAUAUGAUCAAGGCCACUGGAGCGAAUCUUGUCAUCUGUCAAUGGGGCUUCGAUGACGAAGCAAACCAUCUACUCCUUCAAAACAAGCUCCCAGCUGUGCGAUGGGUUGGUGGUCCGGAGAUUGAAUUGAUCGCCAUUGCCACCAAUGGAAGAAUUGUGCCCCGCUUCGAGGACCUCAGCAAAGAGAAACUCGGCAAGGCUGGUCUUGUCAGGGAGAUGACGUUUGGCACGACCCGCGAAAAGAUGCUGGUGAUCGAAGAGUGCGCCAAUACCCGAGCUGUCACGGUAUUUGUGAGAGGAAGCAACAAGAUGAUCAUAGAUGAGGCAAAGAGAUCGCUACAUGAUGCUCUCUGUGUUGUGCGGAAUCUCGUAAGAGACAACCGAGUCGUCUAUGGCGGUGGAGCGGCGGAAAUUGCUUGCUCACUCGCCGUUGAAGAUGCUGCGUCUAAAUCUCCUGGCUUGGAGCAAUAUGCCAUGAGGGCAUUUGCUGAUGCCCUUGAUGCCAUUCCCAUGGCUCUUGCGGAGAACUCUGGUCUCAGUCCCAUCGAGACGCUGGCGGAGGUGAAGUCACGGCAAGUCAAAGAACAAAACUCGCGAUUAGGAGUUGACUGCAUGGGUACUGGGAACAACGAUAUGCGAGCAAAUUUUGUCAUCGAUCCACUAAUUGGGAAGCGUCAGCAAUUACUUCUCGCAACCCAAUUGUGUCGAAUGGUGUUGAAAAUUAAUAAUGUAAUCGUGGCGGGAAGUGACGAAAAUGAGUUUUAA